GGAACUCGAUGCAGCCAAGAGAAAACACCAACUGAUUCAAACCAUCUCAAAAAAUGGAAAAUGUCCAAAUGAUAUUCAUCACUAGUUCAUUCCUAGCCUUAUUAUCCUUCUUUGUUGCGGCGGUUUCCGGCAAUCCGCAUGAUUGCUGGUGUCGCAACACCCCUUAUCCUGAGCAAUGCGAGUACUAUUUGAGAGAUUAUCCACCUAUAAAGGAUAAAUCAGAUUUCCUCAAGGUUACCAUGAAAGUGGCUCUUGAAAAUGCUGAGCAAGCUAGAGCCCACACCUACUCUUUAGGUUCAAAAUGCCAAAGUGAGCGUGAAAAGGCUGCAUGGGCAGACUGCUUAGAGCUAUACGAGAACAUGGUCGAGAGGAUCAACACAACCGUUGAUCCUCUCACCAAGUGCAGUGCAUCUGAUGCGCAAACCUGGCUCAGUGCAGCCUUGACAAACUUCGACACGUGUUUGUCCGGGUUCGCUGACCUAGGCGUCACGGACAACAUAUACCCCUUGUUGACAAGCAACGUGUCAUAUUUGAUUUGCAACACAUUAGCCCUCAACACUAAUUACACUACUAAUGAUGAUACAUCCACUUAUAAAAAUGGCUUCCCCGCUUGGGUUAAGCCGGGUGACCGGAAACUAUUGCAGUCGUCAUCACCGGCCUCUCAAGCCAAUAUUGUGGUGGCCCAAGACGGGUCGGGAACCUAUAGCACGGUGGGUGCAGCUAUAGCUGCGGCGGGAAAGAGACCCGGGAGUGGGAGGCUUGUGAUAUAUGUGAAGGCCGGAGUCUACAACGAAAAUGUGGAAAUUGGGAAUAAGAUGACGAAUAUCAUGCUGGUAGGUGAUGGAAUUGGGAAAACGAUUAUCACCGGAAGCAAAAGUGUAGGAGGUGGCGCCACCACCUUCAGAUCAGCCACUUUUGCUGUUACGGGAGAUGGAUUUAUUGGUCAAGGAAUAACAUUCAGAAACACCGCCGGAGCGGCAAACCACCAGGCCGUUGCCCUCAGGUCCGGCUCCGAUCUAUCGGUGUUUUACCAGUGUAGCUUCGAAGGGUACCAAGACACUCUCUACGUUUACUCCGACAGACAGUUCUACCGGGAAUGCGAUAUUUACGGGACGGUGGACUUCAUCUUCGGCAACGCCGCCGUCGUUAUCCAGAGCUCCAACAUCUUUGCCCGCAACCCGCCUAACGGGAUUAACACCAUCACCGCUCAGGGCCGGACCGACCCGAAUCAGAACACCGGAAUAUCCAUCCACAACAGCAGAGUCACGGCGGCUUCUGACCUUCAGGGGUCUCUAGGAUCCGUGAAGACCUACCUUGGCCGGCCGUGGAAGCAAUUCUCUCGGACGGUCUUCAUGAAGACUGCCCUGGAUAGUUUGGUUGAUCCGGCGGGCUGGUUGCCGUGGGCCGGGAAUUUCGCUCUAAGCACUCUGUACUAUGGCGAGUAUGAAAACACUGGGCCGGGGAUGUCCACGGCCAAUAGAGUCCAAUGGGCUGGCUAUCGCGUGAUCACUUCAGUAAAUGAGGCUUCACAGUUCACCGUCGGCAACUUCAUCGCCGGUGGCUCGUGGUUGCCCACCACCAACGUGCCGUUCACUUCUACUCUGUGAAGAGCAUUGUAUUCAAGCGUGAAAUGAAAAUGUAUAUCUAAAAUACUCAAUUUGAAC